AACAAGAAUCACAAUAAAUUUUGUAAAAAGUCAAAUUAUGAUGAAAAAAAUUGUAAUACCUGUAGCAGAUAUUAUUUAGAAGAAAAAUAUGCCCCAAGUAGUUGUAAAAUACGGACCUUAUUCCGCAGGCGGUAUCAUUCAGCACCGAAUACAAAAAAUUUUCGGUUUAUUAAAAGCCCUGGAAGCGUUGGGAUAUGAAAUUAAAAGCGUACCCAGCGAUGAACUCAAUCGUUUAUCAGUCGCAAUGUGCAACAUAGAAAUUUUUAAAUGCAACAUAACAAAUCUUAAGUUCAACAUGUUAUGCCAAGACGACAUUCUUUGCCGGCGGAUAGUCAAAGCAGUGGAAGAAGCGAGUUCUAGGAUAUACAAUAGCCUACCUACAUAACAGAAAAUUCACAGUGUUACUACCCCCAAAUAAAAUAAAAAUAAGAUGUGUUACUAAUAAAUUCGCAAAUUUAAGAGCCAUUUCAAUUGUGUCAUGGGUAAAUUAUUGCUUCAAUUAAAAUG